GCUGGGCCUACUACUAAGUAGUAGUAGCAGUAUGGUGUUAUUUAUGGUGGUGGGAAGGCAAUAGUAGUAGUGACCAUGGCAAUCUCACUUGCUUUAUGGUACGGUAGUACACAGCUCGUCCUGUAUUUACGGCACGAAGGGCCAUGAUUCUUGUUUGAAAACAAACCUCGUUUACUGUACAGUAAUAUCCGUCAAGAGCAUCGACAAAUGGUUCAAUGAAUUACGAUGACGAUGUCUGGUAGUUCUACAGUCGAAAUAGACACCCAGACAUUCAACAAAAGCAGUACCAACGAUGACAAAAUUCAGAACGAGAGCAACAACGAGACGAAACUCAAUGAGUUGCAGAAAGGAAAUGGCAAGAGAACAACUCCGAUGAUCGGUGGUGACAAAAUAGAGUGCCCGUGCCACAACUUUACCGCCCUUUCCAAGAUUGUAGAUGUCCUUUCCUCCGAAGAUCGCACGCGCAGCAAUUCCAUGAUUGAUUGGCUAAACGGUACUACCGAUCAGAUCGCAAUUCGAGAGAGGAAAUUGCUCUCCUGYGGAAAACGAUUCCAGUGCCGGUAUCGCUACGGGACGUCCUUUGCGAUUCUUCGUGCUAUCCGAGAUGCCUGUGCGCCAUUUCAGGCGGUGGCGACAAAGCCCGGGAAAACAGCAGUCAAUAACAAUGACAACGAUCGAUCUACCGAAAGUGUCAGAAGAAGUGCGAACAGAGAUAACUCAAUGCCAUCGAAAAUAAAAUCAUUGAACAAAACAGAGAACACUGUCCUUGUGGCAAGCUACGACCAGUCCUUUCCUCCACUGCAACAACACCCGGGAUUCUCAAACAUCUUAACGCCUCCAUUCCAGAAAGAAGAAAAAGCACAGAGUGGCAAACCGUAUGGAGGUAGUGCCGUUGGCAACACAUGUGGAAAAGAGUCUGGUGCGACAUCUGUCAUCAACACUCUACAGGCAAGAAAAAAGAAAUCGAAACGACGGAUCCAGCCACAGCAGAUACCAACAACUGUGUCAGAAUCGAUAUCUACAUUAGCAGAGGAAAAAAAWUUGUCCGGUUCUACAUGGAGCAAUGUUCCUCCCUCAUCGAUCAUGGGCCCUCCGACGAUUUCGAACCAGUCCAAGGGACGUUCCAUGACUGCUACUUCCUCAGAUACUCGACAGCCAGUCGCUUCUACCGGCUCAAGCAACACAGUUGUGAUCAAUAUACUCCAAGCAAGAAAACAGAAGCCAGUUCGACCGUUGCAAGUCAAAGAAACAUCGAUGAUGUUUGAUGUGGCUAGCGAAUCUAAUUCCACCCCAAUUGGAGCCUUUCGCACUCCUCCGAGAAAUACAAACAAUGAUUCAAACAAACACCAAGAUCAUUCGAGCGCAGUCAAAUACGAAAAACACAACAUGGCUGUAUCGCCCUCAAAGCCUUCGACAAAUGUUUCGAAAGCAACAGUCGAGCAAAUGGAACGACUCACCGACAUUUACAUUGCGUUGAUAGAGAACAUGCUGGUUCCAUCGACGCCGCUAGAAGUGCAUUUGCUGAYAGAGCUUUUAUCGAUCGAUACAAACCUAGCCUCCUCGAACUUCUCAGGACAUGGCUCUAUUCAGCAGGACCACUCAGAUGAGCGAAGGGCAAACAAAAGCAGAAACGAAGCAUUGGGARCACCAACGGGGUCUACUUUGUUUUUCCAACCUAUAUUUUACAGUCCCGAGCGCUGUAUUAAAUUUGCUCAGAGUGCUCUGAUGAAAAUGGAAAAAGGAAUACUGCAACGGCUGAGCCCUUUUCUCAUCAAGGCAUUGCUUCAAGAUGGCAACUUUUCACAACGUUGUCCUGCACUGGCAGAACGUCUGAAUCGUGUCCUUCUCGAAAGUACGACUGCUGCUGAUUGGACACCACCGUCUUCUGAUUUGGUAACGGGAACGCACGCUAUUUUUAGCUUGCCGUUUGAACCAGACCGUGACAACCGUCACAACUUCAAAACGCCAGUAGAAAUUGCUGUCUAUCAAAAUCGUGAAGUCACCCGCGACGCAUUUCUCUCGGAGCUCCGUGUCUUCAUGACAGCAAAAAGUAAGGUCUUUCUUCCCCAGGAGGUCGAUAAYAUUCGAGAAACGGCAAAGUAUGAAUCUAGAAAAAUUAUCGGCAACAUUACACCACAAAACAUAUUGUGGUUUGCUCAGUUUUUUUGCGAUCUAUUGGUUCAAGUUGGGCUUGCUCCGGUGGACGAAAUGGAUCAAGAGCUUUUGAAAAUCGCUGCCGAUGACAAGGACAAGUUACAAAAGCUCCAUAAACGAUUCUCCAAAAAGAUUCCUUCCCGUCCUUCUCGAAGAAGGGCAGGAUUUGCAUCCGGUGCAACAGGAGGAAAUCGUAGAAACGAGCGAUAUCGAACCCACAACGCCAACAAUAAUCACACUCACGGGACGACUCCUACAUUUCAACAAGCACUUUCAUAUUUCCCGGGGUACCAAGAAUUUUUCUUCAUCUUUCUUUAUUCGGUGAACAGUUAUAAUUUUGGAAUACAUCUUUUACAUCAAGUGGUAAAGAAAAUGUCCGAUAUGGUUUCAAAUCAGUCUUCUUCUGGACUGGAGAAGCGAACGCUUGAGCUGGCACUCCUCGGUCGGUUUCUUGGCUUCUUGGUCUUUUCACCAAAUUGGCAGGAAGAAGGUAUUGAUUUGAAUAAACUAAAACCUUGCAUAUGUUCUUYGGAUAACGGUCUGAAUCAAUUGGAGUCUGUUGGAUUACAUCUACCGACAAUAGUCCAAGAAGCUUGGGAUGGUGGCUACACCUUUCUUACUAUACCCUGGGUUACAGAAUUACUCAAAAUGAGCAAAUGGGACUCGAUUUCACAGUCGUCGAUGAACUACCGUCAGAUUUUGGCAAAUUUGAGACUUGUUCAGAGGCACGCUUCACAGCCAAGCUCAGACGAAAAUAAGGUUCACGGUUCUCAUAUGCAAUUGCUAUCAUUCCAUCUAGAAACUUUUUUUCACGGUACCUUCUCCCUUCCGAAAUUGACAUCACUGCCGCAUGCAACCAUCGCACCAAUUUCUCAAGCCAAAACUGACUCUUUAGAUAAUCGAAGAAUUAGACUGAGUACGGCGGCAAUUUACGCGUCCAGUCCUGACAUGGAAGAUCUCUGUGAUGUGAUCACUAAUGUGGCUAAGGCAAGUACUCGUCAAGAGAUCAAGAGGAAACUUAGACCGUCGAUUGUUAGCACUGCCGUUGGCACCGAAGCACGGUCAUAUUUUAUAGCCGAAUCACCGGGAGAAAAAGUCAUGUCCCCUUUAAGUAAAGCUACUUGGACAAAGUCACCGCUGGACAAGUCAGCUCAUGGAAAGAAAAUACAUGCCAAGAAUAAGCUUGCGGAAGGAUUUUUUCAUCAGCAUCGAGAUCUAAAACGAAUUUGCGACUUUGCUGUUGACCAAACCCUCAAGACUCUUGCGGUAGAGGAAGUAUAUGUUUUCGUAUCGCAGGUUUCUGAAGAACUCCAGAUUGGAAUCGAAUCAACUGAAACAGAGAUCGAAGAGAUGCAGACAAGGGCAUUCGAAUUAUCUCGUUGCUUUGUUAAAAGUAAACUGAUGAAAAACCUGACGUCAAGCCUUGAGCUAUUCUGCCAUCCUGAUAUGCAAAGGAGGGUCAUCGACGUCGCAACAAACUUAUCAAUAGUUCGCGGAAUUGAAUCAAGUCAAUCAAUUGUGCGUGGUUUGAUCACAUCUUCKACGAAUAUGGUACUGAAGGACAAACAGAAUAAAGAAAAUUCACAGAAGACGAAGAGAGUGGAGGUAAAAACUGAAAUAGAUCAUGCAAUCGAAGCUGCGACGAUUUCAAUAAGAAACCUACAACAUGGUUAUUCCAGAGUUAUGGACUCUACGUSUGACACGAUACUCAUAGAAAAUGCACUUGAACGUGUCAAAACUGUAACGAAAUCAGUGUCAAUUCCGCGGGAAACACUUCUGCGAGAGUUUUUCGAAUGUAUCCUUGAUUUGGAACCCAUUGUCGAAUCAAUCAUUGAUCAACUCAAAGAAUCCAAUACUCAAGAAUUGUGGAUCAUACUGAAGGCCUUCUUCCUUUUACUAGAAAACAUAGGAUUCAUUUCGGUCUAUUGGAGGGGUCGAUUGCACAGACUGUAUGGCAAGGAAUUUGUUGCCUUAGUGAAAAAUCCAAAACUUCCUUCGCCAGUUGCAAGGGAAAAAAUACUAUAUCAACUUACACGUUCUUCAACUGGGAAAAGAAACUCGUCUGACACUGACAGAAGUAUCGGGAACGAUGACGCCGAAUCAAGCUGUACAGGUCUCAUUGAACCUAUAGCAAUACGAUUCUCUAAGUUCCUUAGUUGAAUUGUAAGCAAGCCAGAAUAUUACAAAUAAGUCUUCAAAAUUUAUAGAGAUAUGGGGACAKAUUACCACUUUGUAUAGAUAUUGAAAGAAUUGAUCGGCGUUUUCCCAGCUCGCAACUCGUUUGGACAUAAAAAGGUCUCAGAAAUAGACACUGCUGACUAGCAGCAACUGCAACAAUUUUUUUCUCGGCCAUAAUUUUCUGAGCUCAUGACCCCGUCUUGUAGUUCUUUGAAGAACACAAGGUGUGGGUACAAAAAGAAGAUGGCGAAAGCAAAACCAACGAAGUCCAUGAAUAGGACAAGACUAAGAAUUGCUUCAAGACCAAACCAGAUAGUGGCAAUGAGGACAUAAAUCUUCUUGAAUUUUAAAGCACCAUAAAUGCCCAAAGAGUUGGAAAUGAUUCCAAUCACGAAGAGUGCCAUGAAGAUUCCGAAUCGUUCAAAUCCAGGUCUGUCCAUUUGUGGAGCCAAACUAACCAAGCCCAAUGCAGCGAAUGUCAAAGCGACUACAUUGACGACAAG